AUGAUCGACGCACGGGGUCACGGGAAGGCGAAUUGGGAGGUCGAUGAGCGAAGGGGCGUGAUAUUCGGCUGGGCGGCGUGGACCUCGAUCUCGUUACUCCGAUCGAUCGUGAAGCACCGACCGGGGAAUACGGAUGAAAAGGGGGCGAAAGGAACCACAGGGAUGGCGGACGCAACCAGCGACGACGAACUGGACGACGCAGGGACCGGUGGAGGGAGGCGGAGAAGGAGAGAGAGAGAGAGACGAGGGCGAGGAUGGCCUGGGGAGGAGGAGGAAGAGGAGGAGGAGGAGGAGGAGUAA